CACUGAUAUGUGAAACUCUAAGCUACGGAGCAUUCGUUGCAGAUUGUCGGUCACAGUUAAAACAUAUGUUUAUUGAAAGAUCGCAGGAAUAACUCUGUUGGAUUUCCCAUUGCUUUCGAGAUGAUCACGAUGCUAUUGUAAGGAUAUUUUGUGCUCCUUACUCGUGAAUGUAUCAAUGAAAGAUUUGCAUCUACGCUGUUGGAAAUCUCCGCGAGGAUUUUGAAGGCUGUACGGUGUUUGUUGCUGUCCGAUGAGCGAUCAGCGAUGCGAUGUAUUAUACGAGCAAAGAGAUUGCGUAUCUCUCAGAAAGUGUGUUUGGCUAUAAUUCCCGCCGCUUGGUUGGUGUUUUUCAUCGCUCUCCUAUUGUACAAUGACCACGAGGUUGCAGGUAUGUUGAAGGAGUUGUCGUGUGUGAUAACUUCAGCGUAAAAGCUGUUUGCGGAGUCGCCGUAGUGGUCGCGUUAGGGACUCUGCAGGCAUGCAGCGAGUGAAUGUUCGCCUAAGCGUAGAAGAAGAGCUUGUAUACAAACAAUGAACUCUUGAAAUAUUGUUGUUUAUUCAUCUCCUUGCGAAAGAAGUAGUUUGUAUAAGAACUACUGAGCUGAGGACUCGGAAAUGGUGUAUUUUGAGCUGUAUUCCAUUCGUAAAAUAAGGCAUAUUUUCAAGAAGAAAACUGCUGUUGGUCUAAUCAGGCAUUUUUUGGUCGUGUUAAGAUAUAUUUUGCCAUUCUUGCCGUAUAGACCGAAGUCUACGCCAUGUUAAAUAAAGUAUUACUCACAUAAAAUUAAUGAGAGAGAGAUGUUCAGUUCGGCACGUAGAACUUCGUCGCACAAUUGUUUGCACGUGCCUGUUUGGCCUUUGUGAACGAUUGUAAGGUUAAAAGACUUGCUAUUUAGUGGCUUAAUUUCAUGACACUGGGCUAAUAAGAUGAGAUUUACAAUCUUUGGUUUAUUCAGUUCCUCUUUAGUUUGCAUCGGUAGGCAUUGUUCAAGAUUUAAAACGAGUUCCGCAGAGGGGAUUUAUCGAAAAGAUACUUCCGAAUUCUUCCUUUCCUGCUAGUCUGUGCUACCGGUUAUGCUUAAACGGAACAGAAAUGUUCGCGGUUUGUCGGUGGCCAUUCUAUUUUGAACCCAUAUGUUGACAAUAGGAUUUCAGUUUUGUGGAAUUGCAGUCAUAAUAUUAUUUGCACAAAAUCUUAACUCGGCUUUUUAAACUAACUUAAAAGACUGAACCAUUUGCCUUAAUGCAUCAAAGUUAAAAAGAUUUAUUAAGCUGUAAGAUUUGUUUUCUUAAGGCAAAGAUACGGUCCUUCUUGGAGGUCAAGAAGUUUAUAAAUGUGGGCUAGUAAUUUUAAAGUAUUUUUAAUCAAUUUGCGAUCCACUCAGAUGUUUUCUAAAUUACGCACGGUAGAGAUAUUGUCGGCACUUCUGAAAUGUUAGAGCACGAAUGUAAAUUACAUUUAUUUUGCUUUUUGAGGGUUUUGUUUAUCCAAGAGUUGAGUUUUUUUUUUCUUCUGAAAAGAUGUGAGUUUUAGUUGAGACUGGCUCUGUUUCAGGUAUGUUUUGAGCAAUGAUCGCGAACUGUGCCACUUCUAAAUCGGAAAAAAUAAAACAUUUUAUCGCUAGCGAUUUUGAAUUCCUUUCUUUGUUUUCCGUAGACGUUUGUCCGUUUUUUUUUUUUUUUUUUGAAAAGAGAAAAAAGUCACGGAAGAAGCGAAUUAUGGCAAAUGGAUCUGUAAAUGAAAAACGAUAUCGGUAAGAAAAGGAAACCACCUUUGAGCCCUCCAACAUACUGCUUAUAUUAGAGAUGUUUUGGUUUUCAAAAGAAAAACAUCUGUCAUUUUUCAGAGCGAAAGAUUCAAAACAUUUUGCGCUUGGGUUUCACAAUCGUAUGAAACCGGGAAAACUUUGUCUCAUAUCGCGAUUUUAACGUUUUCUUAGCGAAAAGUAAACUGUGUACCGUAAGUUGUAAAGUAGAAGGCCAUUCAAUUAAGCUAAAACUCCCUAAGUUGCUGGAAUUGUUUUCUUAUCUAAACUCACAAGGUGUUGUUUACAUAAGUCGCGUCACGUUGCCGCACCGUCUCGCAAUUUCAAAACCUCUUCUUGAAAAUGUUCCACGAGGGACCGCGACUUUCGCAAUUCUGAUUUGCUUUAAGACAUGUGCAACUCUUCAAUAAUUGCUCGACACAGAGAUCGCGUUUUUGUGGAGAUUGUUUUAAGCGACAAAGUAAUUUUCAAUUUCAAUACCCUAUUGUAAACGAGCGAUAUAUCUGACAAACCUCUCCGCGAUCAAUUUGUCAAACUUGAUAACCACAGGAACUCAUUAAUAGAUCGAUUUUUGUGCAUGUCAGAUGUUUUUUUCUUUUUUUUUGAUUGCAAUCUAGUUGAAUUACAGGCAUUUUCAUCGUCUCUACUCUCGAAAAUAGUUACUGUAAAGUGCUUUCAAAUAUAGCAGUGUUGUCAAUUCCUACUUUUUUAUUCAGGGAAAUUGUGUUCCGGAUGUGAUGAAGCGGCUAUGCCUUGCGCUUUUCAAAAUAUUAUCGAUAUAUCAACGAUGAGAUAUUUUUGAAAUGCAGAACUAUUCUACCGAUUAAACUUGGGUGUAGUCGAGAAAACCAAUUAGCAUUUCAUCGUGAAAGUGAAAAUACAAUGACAGUGGCAAGAUGUUGUACGACUUGUGUUUCUCGUUCUUAAAAAAAAAUGAAAAAUAAAGCAAGCGAACCCCCUCUCCAUACGCAGAAACGUUGAAUACGCACAUAGUGAGCUGAAAAGAUAGCUUGACGUUUUUUUUUUCCUACAGAAAGGUGAAUUUGUCAGAUAAUUUAAUCGGAAAGAAACGCACACCCGACUGCAAUCAGGAAUGUUCCGAAUAUAGUGAAAAAAACACGAAGGUCGUUGUUUUUGUUUGACUUUUCCGCUCUGUGAACAGAUAAGCUCGAUAGUUCAAAAGCUUCGUCGUAGGUGGUAUUUCAGAUAGAUAAAUCAAAUUCCCCGUUAGAUUUAUUAGAUAACUGGAUCGAUGUUGGCAAUAUUUGCUCAGCAAUCAAAAUUAUGCCUUGGAGUUUGGUAGAUUUUUUUCUGAGCAUCAAAAACAGCGGGUUUUCUCGAGUUUCGAAGCUAAACAUAUGCUGCACUUUUUACUUUGUGACGAUAAUAGGUACACAGCCUUACUCGCAAACAAAUUUUUUGAAACUCAGUUGAUGAAGGAUUUACACGUAAAUUUAGAACUAACUGAGGUUUGAAUCCGCGCGUAUUAUUCUAAUUUUUUUCUAAUUCUGAGGUCCUGACAAACAUUUGAUUUAUUUCUCUUCCCUGUACACUCCAGCAUCUGUAUAAGUAUUCUCCAUUCUGUUUUUCAUACAUUUCCUGUAGUAAUGACAAGGAGAAUUUGUUUGUCGAUCAAGAGGUUCUUUAGUUCAAGAUCAUUUUUUAAAUUCUCAUCACUUUAAUGUUGGAUUUAGCAGUGAUACUUUAAGGAGAAAUUUUAUGUCAGUCAUUCCUCGGAGCUGAAAGGUUAGCUUUUUUUGUCCACAGACGACGUCAUUGCGACAGAGUUAACCGAAGUUGGCCGGAAAUCGACGUCUCCUUAUGGAAACAAGGAAAUACUUUUGGACGAUGUUAUGCUUCCGUCGACACAGUUUGGUAACAAGACUUUCCAAGUACAGAGGAAAAUAUUAGUAGUUCAUAAAUCUUUGACUAAGGAACGAUCGAAACUCUCUCACUUUGUGACAAGAUUUUUAGACGGUCUUCGGGCCCCUUACGUCGUCAGCGAAGUAGACGACAGACCAUUUUUAAAUUUAAAAGAAGAUCUUAAAAUGGGUACCACAAUCGGUCGAUAUUCGUUGGUUAUUUUUGUUGACAUCAAGGCGUAUUUACUACUCAAACCCAACGUUCAACAAGUGGUGAAAUUAUACUGCAAGAAGUUUGCGACGGGAAUUUUAUUUUUUAUCUCGAAUCAUGUAGGAUCUAUACAAGAAUUUGGCAUUGAAAUUAUCAAACCUCAAAAAGAACGACAAAAGAUCGACGUUGAACUUAAUGGAAACUCGAAACUUUUAAGAACGACACGUAGAGGCGGCUCGGUUACUAUGCCGUAUGUUCAGAAGGGACAAGGCACAAGAUGGUGUUUAAUUCGUUAUAACCCAGAAAAAUUUCCCUAUGAAACAGUGGAGUAUGUUGUUAAUCGUAAAAAUCGGCGGAAGCGAGACCUAGAAGUUGCUGAAAUUGAACAAGCAACAGUACUGUUGGACGAUGGUCGAAAAGACGGUGUAAAAAAGGUAUUUUUCGGUGGAGGGUUUCCGUUUUUCCUUCACACUUUGUUAUUUAUGGACAGUUUAGAAUACUUAUCUCCCGUUCGACCGACAGUGUUUUCAGCAGAAAGAUAUCUUCAAAUUGACAUAGAUGAUAUUUUCAUCGCCAAAACUGGGAUAAGAAUGAAGAAAGAAGACGUGCUGGUAAGUGUGUGUCCUUUUUACUUUUGAAAUCAUUCAUUAAUGUACAUCGCGGUCUCUUUUCGUGACAUGCGGCUAUCUGUCGUGACUUUGAAACGAACAUUGCGUGACUACGUAAUAUUAAAGUCACCACAGAUAACCCUAUGGAGCCAUGGUAAAGUUUUAGGGAAGGGUUGGGUAAUGCUCAAUUUUCAUAGAGAAUUUUUUUUAUCAAAGUUUUUCUGUAGGAAUUAAUUCUGUGCUGUCUUCUGCACAAUCUUUGUUCAUUUGAUAAAACUUUACUUUUAUAAUUGGGGAAUUUUCUUUUAACAACACCUUUAGCGCGUACAUUCACCAUGCUAGAUCUUUAGUUAUCAAAAGCAACAGUAAUUUUUGUGUCUUCUAAAACCACAAAGUUUGCUUGAAAUUUAGCAUAAAUUUCUUGACAGAAAGAACGUAUAAUCUUGGAUGCCUUCAUACUUACUUCGUCUGCUUUCCAUCCUGGUUUUAUAUCUGACUCAAAUUGCUUACAAUGCAAUUUAUUUUACGUCGGUAAAGUAGGGGGUGGUUACCCAAUCCCCCGAGCCUAAUGGCUCAUGCGUAUUCGAAGCUCUCUGAUAUUCUACUGUUACGAAAGAGCAAUAUGAUUGAGGAAAGAAACGCGGAAAAUGUCUUUUUUUAGCAGGAACUUUUAAUUGCAAAACAAAUGCGUCUGAAAAUCUAGAAGUUUCUUCACAGCUUACUUGUCUGUCAUAUUUUAUCAUAAUGAGAUUUCGUAAAGUUGUAUUACCUUUAAGAACUACCGUAUUAUGUUUUCGUUGUUUUCAGACGUUGCGGUUAGGUAAUAUAAUUAGUGAAUAAAUCGCAUUGCAAUGCAGGUUUUUGUCCGCACGAGAGCAAACAUUUUGUCCAAGCAUAUAAAGCGAAUAUAAAAGUUCUAGCAACGCUUUCGAUUCAUUUUAUAACACCAAUAAAGUACAUGUUUCUACAUCUUUAUCCCGUCCAUGUUUUUAUGUCGAGAUUGUGAAUCCUUCACUGCCACAAAUUUCGUGACAGUGGGUUGGAUUAAAGUUGUUUGCUACAUGAUUUCUUUUUUCUCUUUUUCACUCUUUUAUAAUAUCGCCAUAUCCCAUAUCACAAAGCUUUUCCUAGUCUGGUCAUUGUUGUCUGCUCUCGUCACUAAGUCAGUUUUAUGUCGGCUAUGUACUACUAUGUGAGCAGAGAAUAUGCACCAUGUCUAAAAUUAGACUUUGUUGUUAUUUUCCUCGGUCGUAACUCGCGGAGAGGAGUGUCUUUUAACAAGCUUAAAGGGCCAGUUUCGAUAAGCACGAGAUGAGGUGCGAAAUUCUUAUUAUGAUAACGAAGUAUUCAUUCUCAUGCAUUUUUUACUUAUUUCGGAGGGAAGAUUUUGCUCAUAGCUUCACUUUGAAAUUGAGGGUUUGAAGAACUCGGAAAUUGUCUUUUAAUUGUUAAACCUGUAAAUACGCUAGUUUCGUUUGGUGUUCUCUUGAGGCUGUGUCUAUUUUUAAUCCUGCUUAAUUCUAAUGUUACGGUGUCUUGCUGUGAAAGUAACCUUUCCACGCCCAAGAUUAAAAAAAACUCACUCUUGCUUCAAUUCUCUCGCUUUCCGUGAUCUCUCCUCGACACUUAAAAAAUUCCUUGGUUUUAAUACUGUUUGAACAGAAUUCGUCCCAGUUAGUGAGCUCAAAUUGGGCUCUUAAAAAUGUUCUGUGGCCCCCAGGCCAUGCUAGUCUCUUGGUGGCCUCUAACGUAAACGCAUUCAAGUUUUCUUGAGGAAAGAGCGCCUAAGUGAGAUCUGGAGCCGAGUGGACCAGGUCGAGCUUGUUGUCGAAAACUUUAUAACCCAUAUUCUAGCUUUUGCAUUAAAAUCAGGUUGCAUUUUUCUCUCACAACUCCCAUUUAAUAAUAAGUUCCACGCUUCCUAUCAUGUCAUCGCUACGUUCUGAGCCCGUAAGAUCUCGACGAAACCAAGCUUAGUUCAAAAGCUCUUCUGGGAAUAUAUUCCAUUAGAGAGAGGUAAGAUCCUCUUAUGACCUCAAAGGAUAAAGUUCUCCGUGGGAUUUCUUAAUCUCUACCUUUAUGUUAGCUGAGAUGUAUUUACCUUUGAAGACAUUUAAACUUUUUCCGACUAAACUCUUGGCGCACGUGAUGCGUGAAGUGCCGUUAAAGUGUGGAACAUUUGAUCCUCCACUCGCAUCUGGAAUUUUUCUGCCGGCAAAUUUGUUUUAGUCACGAUGAGGCAGUUGCUAGAAAUUUUCCUUGUGUCUAAAAAAAGGAAUUACUUUGAAAAGUCUCAUAGAUAUUUUCUUGAAAGACAUUUUAGGCUAAUAUUAUCUAAGAAAAUACGUGCGCAAAUUAUUGCGUGCAUGUCAUGUGUACAGUCGCUAAAAGGGUUCUAAUCUUCAGAUAAUGGGAUUAGUUGUAAAAGCUGUUUAACGCCAUCUGUAUGGUAACCUCUCUUUAAACCGCGGUUAUACAUUUUGUUUAGUAAGGCUUCAUUAGUCGCGCCCAGCUCUCUCUCAGUCGCUGUUUCCUUAACCUUUUACACCCUAACAUCAAUAUUCAUAUUCUCCUUACUGUUAUUGGUACAAUUACUAAAGUGCUGACAAGGAGAAUUUGUCUUAAAAUGAAGAGUUUCUUUAGUUGGUGAUCAAUUCUUUUAUUCUCAUGACAUUAACGUGUGAUUCAGGUGAUAUUUUAAGGAGAAAUUAGAUGCUAGUCACUCUUAGGGGUUAAAGGGUUGAUACAACAUCUAGGGAGGCCAAACGACCAAAAUUAGUUAUUAUCUGACAACAGGAUUUAAUCAUCGUUUAAUAGAUUGUAACUCGUGAAUAGAUAAAUAAAUUAUUUCGGUUGGUUCUGGACAAAGAUUGGAAAAUAAGAUGAGAUGUUACUACGCCCCCUAAUCGCUAGUCUCGUCAGACUUCACCAAAUAUCAAUUCUUUAACAAAUUAACAUCAGUAUGAUUAUUCUCCAUACUGUUCUAUAUACAUUUCCCAUGGUGCUGAAAAGGAGAAUUUGUUUUACAAUCUUAACGCUCUUCGCCUGAACAACAGUAUCCAUACCCUCCAUACUGUUCUCUAUACAUUUCCUGUGUUAUUUAUAUGGAGACUUAGUCUAACAAUCAAGAGUUUCUUCAGUUUGCCAUCGUUUCCUUUAGUCUCGUUACCUUCAUUCUGAGGUGACAUUGUAAGAAGAAAUUAGAUGUAUAUCACUCUAAAUGGUUGUAGGGUCAAGCUUAUCAGGUCAUUGAUCGGUUCCUCCAUUCAUGACUUAACUGUAUGAUUUGCCAUUGAUACUGUAAGGAGACGUUGGACGCUAGUCACUCUAAGGGGGUGAAACGAUGAUCUAGCAUGUUUUAUUUCUUUAGGAAUUGAUAUCAGUACAAGAGAGGCUCGCGCAAAAGAUUCCUGGAUUCAAAUUCAAUCUUGGUUUCUCUGGGCGUGGCUUUAGACAGGGUGACGACGAAGAAGAUGCGGGGGACCAAGCUCUGAUAGAGCAUGCGCAUAAGUUCACGUGGUUUGGGCAUUUGUACGAUCAUGAGCAGCCCCAUAAACACACCUACAAAGAAAUAGUCAGGUCACUUACCGCGAAUGAACAGUUUGCCAAGGUACAGUACUUGAGAGUAACUUUGAUUCAUGAUAAAGUUACAAUAGUCCUUUAAAACGAAGUAAAUCUGUCCACAGACCGAAGUAUUAUUUCAACUAUCGCGCAUAGAGAUCGCAAACAAUCUCAUUGUAUAGGAAAGAUCUAGCUGUCGUUCAAAACUGAACGCCAAGACAGGCUCGUGCUUCAUUCUAUUUUUUUAACAAUCGUUCACAAAUGUUUAAUGGUAGACUUUAAAUUCUAGGCUUAUUUCCAUUUGAGAUGCGGUGACGGAGGAAAGCCUUUUAUAAGCCAUUUUUUUACAUUGAUUCGUUCUGUUUCCGCAGUCGUUCGGUAUUCCCAUGAAACAGUCGUACAUGGUUGCCCCACACCACUCCGGUGUGUAUCCAGUGCACGACCCUCUUUAUGAUGCCUGGUCAGCUGUUCGAAACGUCCGUGUCACCUCAACUGAAGAAUAUCCUCACUUGAAGCCUGCGUGGUUUAGAAGAGGAUUUAUUUACAAAGGCGUUAAGGUAAUAGAGGAUUUUAAAAUACGUUAUAUAAAGAAAGACAAAAUUCCGUAAAAUACUGCUCAAUAGCUUUCAUUUGAAUUGUCAAACGCAAGGGUCUUAUCAACCAACUUAACAGUUCAAAUCACCUUUCAUGACGCGAUAAACAAUACCACAUGUCAGUACAUACUUCUUACUGACCGAGGUCGAGGUUCGUUACGGAGCUAGCUUUUUCGCACGGGUUUGUGGCCGAAGCGCGAAACCGAUAAACAUGGUUACGUGACGUAAAUUACGGACCGAGAAAACGAGAUUUGUAAGAUAUCUAUUAUAUCUCUGGGUUCAAUUAGAGGGGAUGGUUUCAAUUCGAAUAAACUUAUAAUUUAGCAUGGCCCGCUAAAUAGACCAAUCAUAGCGCACGUACUAGCUGAGAACUAGUAUGGUGAUACUUAAUAGCUUUCAUCUGAUUGGUCACUUACAAGGCUGUUAUUCACUGACUUAACAUUCGGCUCGAACCACCUCGUGCAGCGUAAUAAACUGUAUCAUAGGAAAGUACAGCUCAGUAGCUUUCUUAUGAAUAAGCAGGGGUGUUAUCCUCUGAAUUUAAAAGUUCGAGCCUCCAACUGUAAGUUUUACAAUUUUUAACCUGCUUUUAAGGUUCUACCUCGACAAACUUGUGGUCUGUUUACCACAACUAACUUCUUCUACGAGAUCAAAGGAGGAAAGACAGCAUUGGAUAGAAGUAUCGAAGGUGGAGAAUUGUUCGAAACUCUUCUGAGAAAUCCGGUAAGUUUUUAGAUUUGUGUAUAUUCUGUUGUACUUCGCCCAACAGGCCAUUUUACAGUUGUGUACUUAGUUGCCAAGCCUUUGAUUCGGAGUGAGGCUGAAGGUGACCUUGCCGUGAUAGAGACCAAGUUGCAUUUGAAAAGAAGCAAGGUUUGUAUCAUAACAAGGUCACCCUUAGCCUCAUUCCUGUUCAAAGGCUUGGUAACCAAGCACACAACUGUAAAAUGGACUAUUGAGCAAAAGUUACAUACACCAAGGAUGCGCCAAAAAAAAUUGCACAAUGACACUUGAAAGGAGGAAUAAAUCCUUGGUUGUGCAUGAUUUUAGAAUAAAAACUUGAUUAAAUGGACCAGGUUCUAUGCCCCAAAAAUCUAUUGUAAAGAGGUCUUUUGUGACCAGAGCUUUUUUUUUUUCGAUUCGGUAUAAAUGAUUUUUAAUCUUCUUAGCUAAAUUGAAUGUUUUCCCUCAACAGGUUAUGAUUGUGAUGACUCAUAUGACAAACUACGGUAAUGAUCAGUUAGCUCUGUACACAAUUAGCCGCCUCGUGGACUUUGUUUACCGCUGGACUAACUUGGAGUUGAAAUACGCUUCGCCGCUUGAACUCGCUGAUAUCUAUUUCAAGUUGUUUCCUCAGGACAAAAGUCCAGUAUGGUUGGUAAGUUGCAGGUGGACGAUGAUUCUUCUUAGGAGUUCGAUGGAUGGAUCAACCACUGCAAUGUCGGGGGGGGUUGGGGGGAGAGGGGAGAGACGCGGCAGUUUUUCUUAUCCCUGUGGUUGGGAUCCUCACACCCCCUGACAUUCCUGUCAACGGGGUUGAACUUUCUUUCUUUUUUUUUUUUUUUUUUUUUAAUCCUUUUUUGAUGGGAGGGAACAGCUGCAAUAAGGUCACCCAUAAAAAUUCGUCAAAUUUCCUUGAAUAUUCAGGUAUCCAUUGACACUAUUGAGCGGAGAGAACCACUGCAGGGUAAGAAUCCUGCCCAAGAACACACCUCAAUGAUUCGGCGCUGUCUCGAACCAGGACCUCUCGGUCAACCUGGUAACCGUAAACAAAAGCGUACCCAAUGACCUCUGGGAAUUAAACGGCUAAUGUACCCAACUUCUACAACUUUUUGUUGAGGAGUCUUAAGUCAAAGUUGACAAGUUUUAAUUAACUUGGUACGUAUCUGUUACUGCAGAGCCCAUGUGACGACAGCCGCCAUCUUCAAAUCUGGCCAAAGGACAAGUCUUGCAACAGGCUCCCCUCGUUCCUAGUGAUCGGGCCUCCGUUUGGAGGCCUGGACGUGCUUGUGACACUUCUCAAACUUCACCCAGACUUCUUGCACACCGUGAACACAAAUAAUAUCACCAAAGGAACAAGAUUUUUCAACACUGAUAAUUACAUGAGGGGAUUAGACUGGUAAGGAGAUUUGGAAACGAAAUGUUGAAAUGGUCUUUGAUUCAAAUCAUACUGUUCUUGAUUUUUUUUUUUGAGGGGGGGUGGGUGGGUGGUGGGUAGUGAGUUUUUGUCGUCAUUUCAUUUAAUUUUGAUUUAAUUUACCAUAAUUCUUUCAUUUUUAACUUCAUUCCUGGUUUUCUUUUAUGGUUCAUUUUGUUUCAUUCGGCUUUACUCUCCUUUCUUCAAGCUCUGACAAGAGAGUUUUUGUUGAGAUAGGACACUUAAAUUUGCUAGAGUAACAUUCUUAAAGACAACAUUUUUGUUUUACUUUAAUUUUUCCCGAGACGCUUUUGUGUAUUAGUUUUUGAAAACGUCCUUAACUGAUUUUGUUUCAGGUACAUGAAUUGUUUCCAACGACCGAAGAAAUUCGAGCAGAUGUCCUAUGAAGUUAGUGAUGAGUAUUUCACCGACAAUAAGACACCGUACCGUGCCAGCAAUCUCCUCAAGUCCGCUAAAAUACUUAUCAUUCUGGAAGACCCCGUGAAGAGAGCUUUCUACCAUUAUCAGGUGCUUGUCCUUUGCACGAAAAAUUUUUAAAACCUUGCUAUGAAAACCUUGUGUUUAGUAAUUCGGAAAAUCUAAAUUGAUUUCAAAGGCGACAUUUUUUUAAUGCGAAGGACCUAAAUCUACUUCAUCUUAUAUUCAUACUAUGGAAGAAACAUUAUUACGUAAAUAUAAACUGCAAUUAUAUUUCUUCAAUUAAUAUUUGUAUUCCGCAUUUUAGAAAUAUGCUUUCCAUACAUUUACUUUUCAUACAAAGCUCGAGUGACAAAUUCUAGCAUUGACGGAAACGGUAACUUUUACUUGUAACCGAUCAUGUGUUCUGUUUGCCUGUAGCAUCUAAAAAACGUUCAAGGAUCCAAUCUACCAAGCUUCGAUGAUCUCGUCAAAUCCAAGGGAGAUGAACGUUUGUCGGGGAUCCAGCGGGCUAUUUUAGAAGCUGGGCACUACUCUGAACACAUUGGUCGAUGGAUGAGACAUUACAGUGUCAAACAGGUUGGUCCAGUUUAGUACAGGGUAGACCAGUUUAACAAAAUCAAAAUAUGGCUGAACUUCGAGUUUGUUGGCGGUUUUCUUUUCCCUUCUCUACCUUUUGUGUGACAAGUGGAGGAUUUUCCUAUUUGGAUGAAAGAUUCACUUUCGAUAUUGAACCUCACAAUUGCCAAAGCCUUUCUCGGUUUCCUGAGCGGUUUCUCCGCACCAUGUCAGUGAGCCCAUACAAAGAUAGAUCAAUAUAAUAAUAUCAAUUAUAACUUCCAAUAAAACUUUAAUUCUUAAUUUCGCGCAGAUGUCAAUAGUGAGCGCAGAUGAUAUAGUUUCCAAGCCCUUCACGAUCAUGAAUACACUUCAAGAAGCUGUUCAUGUAGAAACCCGCCAGGAGUAUUCGCAAAUACUAAGGUAAUUAUGCUUCUGUUGCUUGGAAUAAUUUAUGAAACGUAUUGCUCUGUGAGAAGAUUUGGCACGACCCGAGAUUAAGUUUCAUAGGGAAGCUGCAGAUCAAUGUCAAUUCAUUGAUAUUUAGUUUCGGACUAGAAAUUGCAGAGAAUUUAGCUUCUCCUGGUGAUAUUCUUGAACAGGUACGAUGAAUCGAGUGGUCUCUACUGUCCCAAAUCCUCCGCCAACGUGACAGAUUGCCUGGGUUUCAAAGAAACGAGACCAGUUUAUAUGAGUCAGCAGACUGAACAGUUCCUGCAGCGGUAUUACUCCAGACAUAACCAGAAUCUACUGCGCAUGAACCAGAAGAUUGAGUUUCCUCUUCCUAAAUGGAUUCAUGGGUAAUCAAAUCCUUGUAGGAAAAAAAAAAGCAGAUUACGAGAUAGUGGGUUACCUGUGUUAGCGUGAUUCAUUCUAUAAGCUAACGAGAGAAUGGUACUCGCCAUUCAGAUGAUACACUCUGAGCCUGAAUUGCUCUUUGUCACGCUUGUAACGAACAAUGAUAGUUUUUGCGCUGAUCGGUAACGCAACGUUUAUCGUCUCCAAGACUUACUGAACCAGAUGAAAUUUUUUUAUGUCACGCGUUUCUUUACCUGUAAAACAGGCGUAUCAAGCUAAGCUUCAACUCAGACGCGACUUACGAGACUAUGAACAGUAUUUUUAUAUUUAUCCUGUCGGUCUCUGUUGUCAUAAUGAAACAAAAUUUACCUCCGAUCUUAAGGUCGUCAAAGAAAUAGUAGGCCUGUUCAACGAAAGGUGUGUUAUUCUAAAACUAUUUUUACAUACUAAAAUGUCAAACUGUCACUCAAUCAAUCAAUCAAGCAUAUUUUUGACUCAGUCAAGCUACUUAUUUUUGACCAUUCGAAAAUUGUCAAGUUGGAAUAAAAGAAAAUCUAUAUACAUAUUAUAUAUAUUAAAAGAUAUAUAGAGCCUGGCGGUUAUUUUAAGAUUUAUACAAUUCAAGAGGAAUAUAUUGAUUUUAUACAAAGAAUUUAUCAGCAUAUAUGAAAGACAUGAAAGACGUUUGAGAAAAGAAAUAUAUUGUGUUCAAGAUACUGGUGUCCUUGUGAUGAUAUUGCGAAUGACUGUCCAAAAUAAUAAUAACCAAUCAGAGCAAAGGAAGUUACACUAUGGAACCAAUCAAAAGUGAAUCAAUGUAAAUAGCUUUAAGUCCCGGGGACCAAGCCGCUAAAAGUUCUAGCUUUAAACUGAUUGGUUUGUAAGGCGGCUUACAAGAUUAGGAAAGGUUUUAAUGCCCUCCAGGUUUGCCUUAGUUUCGGUGAUUCGAGAGUGAAAACGGCGUGGGUGUGGGAAGAACUAUGGCUCUGUAAAGUCCACCAUGCGGCUUUCCAUCGCUUGUCCCGCUUUCCCCGCAAACUGGGUGUCUGAAACAGGCACGGACUUCACUACUUGCCUACACACUAAAACUUAGCAAUUAUUUUCUUUACCUGACAACCAAAAUUAUGCACUGUAGUAUUUACAUGGUCAGCGUCAAGAUCGAACGUAGUAUUAAAGGGGCAGCAGUAGGCCAUUGCUAAGUUAACUCUGGCCUCUUUUUCGAAUCAAGGCUUGGAGCUUGACCAUUUGUAUGAAAAUGAGUUUAAUUUGCGUGUGAAUGACAACUCAUUAUCAUAUGAAAGGAGAAGCACCAGGAUUCGCUUUGAAAAAAGAGGCCAAAGGUAAAUCGGAAAUCGGCAAAGGUAUUGCUCAGCGGAGCUCUUUGAUAAGCUUCCGCAGUUGUUCUGAUAAGAUUUACAACCGGUGUUUUCAAUGAGCCGCCUUCUAAGAGUCGUGAACUUUAGAUAACGAGACAAAUCCUGUGAAAGAAAGUCCACCACUGAAUGGAAGUCUCCUACCUUCGUGUAGCUCUCCACUUUAAAAUCUCAACUGUCGAUUGAACAAGUAAUGAAAAAUUAAGAGUAAAGUUGGGCCAUUAAAAUUUUUGGCCUUGAAAGCUAUCGGUCGAUAAAGGAGUUGUUUUGAUAAAGAGGAAGUUAUUGUUUACUAAAAUAAUAACGGGAGAUAAUCGGAUAUGAAGAUCAAACAUAUAUCUCUCUAAAGAACGCACUUCCAGAAAAAAAAAAUCCCGAACCUAGCGCAUUAGUUUAAGUUUGACUCGAUUAAAAAUAACUUUUCGGUGGAAAGAGAGGUCAGCAGUCAUUCGAUAUUACGCUUGGAGUAAGAUUAAGAAAAAAAAUUAUAUUGCUGCUGAUAAAAAAUCUCAUUUAUCUGUUCACUUUUUUUUCUCUGUGUAUGUGACUCCCACAUAUUUGAAUGGACACUGGAGGAAGAAUGAAAAGCCUUCACAAAGACUUUCCCGAUCCCCGCUGUUAUCAAGAUUGGGAUGAAUUUUGAUUUCGUUUUUGGCGCCGCAGUCGGGAUUUGCGUGCUGUUUUCAAACCUUUCAAUCAAAUUAUUCAUCUCUGGGAGGGGAGGGUGAGAUAAACAUAUAUAUUUUAUCGUCUUUUGCCACUAAAAUACCACAAAAUUUAUAUCAAUUUUAUUAUUUAAACUUAAACUAUGAAGCUUUUUUUUUUUUAAUCAUUCUUUUGGACUUAAAAAAUAAGGAUCUCUCUGGCUAUUGAGUUUUACUCUUCACCCCUCCCUCCCAAAGAAAAUUUCGAACCACUCUGUUGACGUUUGCACAUGCGACAUCGCGUUAUUUUAGGACUUACUGUAGUGGUAGUAGACAAUGUAGCUGUACUUUGUGGUGAUGUUAUCAACGAAUGUCUUUCGUGGCAAAAAGAAGGAUGAAGUGCUGGAGCUUAAGAACUGGAUCUAUACUGAGGACUUUUAUGAUUGGAUUAGUGAUUUUUACUUUAAUUUCGUGUUGGAUUCUAGUUUACCAAUCUUCGCGAGAUUUGACCGUGAAACGCGCUCCAGUAUUUGUGGAGGAGAAAUGCUAUCCUCUGAAAAACGCACUGGUUGGAUCUAGAAUAUCUAAAGAAUUUAGUCUCAAUGCAACGUACACAGUGAAAAAAAGAGUCUUAUUGGCAACACGGAGAACUUCAGUUGCUUUUCGGUCCGAGAUCUCUCGUGUUCUGGAGGAAAGUCGUAUUCCUUACGAAUUUGUUUAUCUCGAAAUUGGUGACAGAACAGUUUUUCCAAAGCUCACACACGGAGAAAUCGGACGCUUUUCUGCAGUUAUUUUUGAGAGCAUCAAGUUCUACGCAACAUUAGAUAUAGCAAAUAGACAUUUCCUUGACCAUUACUGUCGCAAAUUUGGCAUCGGAAUUGUUUUAUUUACAGUUCAGGAAGCGCAAGAGCCUAAUACGCGCAUAUUCAAGGAAUUUCACUUCGGCAUCAAGGCUGGAGUAAGUGAUCUUCGAAAUGUAGAAUUGAAUCCUUCGGCAUGUGUGCUUCGCCUUACUAGAGCUGGUGGAAUUAUUGAAGAACCUCCAAAGUCAAAAUGGAGUGUAUUCUUUCCGAAUCACAGCACUUACGAAGCGGUAGAGUUUGCUACAAAGGAAACUGCCUAUACAACAUUAAACACGAAUAAACAAACCAGCUCCCAUAAUGUGAAAUUUGAAGAUCUGGUCUUGAAAGAAGGAGUUUCUUCGACGCGAUUCACUACAGUUUUAACAGACCUAGGGCAUUUGGAUGGUGUACGACGCAUCUACUUUGGGAAUGGAUUGUCUUUUUGGCUUCAUAAGUUAUUGUUUCUUGAUGGUUUGGCGUUCGUUUCAAGAGGCAAUUUAGCUCAGUCUUUGGAACGAAGAAUCGUAGUUGAUAUUGAUGAUAUUUUCGUUGGAAAAGCUGGCAUUCGAAUGACCAAAGAAGACGUGAGGGUAAGUUAUUCACUAAAAUUUUAUAACACAAUAUUGCCUUAUUCUCAUGGCUAGCUUGUAAAUUUAAAGAGAGCGAAGCUGUCGAAUGCAUCGUUUCCAAAGUAAUUUUGGAUGUGAUGGAAAGCACGUCAAUGUUAGGAAAUAAUAGUUAUGUUAAUGUUCAUUGUUGCCAUUGAAUUGAGAAGUUUCAUUUUCUGAUACUCUCCAGCUGUUUUAAUGUGCACUGAUGUAGUAUGUACAUGUGGCACUUUCUAAUUGAGUUGUUCAAUGAAUAAAUAUUUAGAAUAAGUUGCUUCUAUAACAUGUAUAUUACAGAUUAGCCUGGCAGAUUAUGAAGAAUCAUCUCUAAGAUAAAGUCAGUUUAUGAGCAAGAUGACCCAUAACCUUGUCCUUAACCCUUUCACUCACAUGGGUGACCAAGACAGAAUUUCUCCUUAUGAUAUCAACACAAUAUUGAGCAGACGAGUGAUGAGAAUAAAGAAAAACAUCAACAUGUCACUUAUGAUUUGUUCCAAUACCAAGUUCUCUAAACCAAUGCCAUAAGAAUUGAAUGGCAGACAAUAAGGAGAAUUAUGUAUGAGAUCUUGAAAGGGGUGAAAGGGUUUACAAGGUUACACACCUUUCCAUAUGUGCAUCUCUUAAGGUUUCCCUGACAGGUUACCAGCAGUCAAUAAAACUCCUCUUAUUAAACUUUAAGAGUGACCAGAAUUUAAUUCCUCUUUACAAUGAUACUACUGAGUCUUUCAUUGAGAUCAUGAGAACAGUGGAAACGAUCACCAACCCGAGAAGCUUAAUUGUCAGACAAAUUCUCCAUGUUAAAACCAAAACAGAUGUUAAGAGAAGAGUAUAGAGAAUAUCGAUAAUGAUGCUAGAGUUCAUAAAGGAGAGACAAAAGAACUCAGGAACAUGAUAUAAUUACCCAGCCAGGGUUUGAUCCUGGACCUUAGGCUCCACAGUAAGCCCAAGCUGUGGGGUAGCACCAAUUUACUAAAGAUUCUGAAAAAAAUUUUAAUGUAUCAAUUUUUGUCUCAAGUCAAUUUACUGAAGAUUAUGAAAAAAAAUUUUAAUGUAUCAAUUUUUGUCUUAAGACAAUUUACUGAAGAUUAUAAAAAAAAUCUUGAUACAUCAAUUUUUGCCUUAUGUCAUGAUAUAAAUUUUUGAGGUACUCAGUGUUUUGUCUUGUUAUUCUUGAUAACACCACGGACAAGUUUCAGCAGAUAAAGUCAAAUUUUAACUUUUUUUUUCUCCCUCACAUAAAAUAUAGUAUGGCUGGCGGCAAAGGCUUUAAGACUGUUUGCAAAGAGGGAAAGAUAACUUUCUGAAACUUGUUAAGGGGAGUAUCAAGAACAACAAGAAAACAUGUUUAUUUUACACAACAUUUCCUUUUCAGAGACUGAAAAGGGAAAAUAUUCAGAGGUUCAAAUGUUUCCAGAUAAACUCAAGUGAAUGAAGACUUUCCUGCUGCUUGGGUUAUCUUUGUUCUAGAAUGUCAUCUCUGUCAUUGGUGUGCUUAACCCUCCUAGGAUUUGACCCCUGAGAUCACUAAAAGCAUCUAGUUUCUCCUCACAAUAUCACCCCUGAAUCAGACAUUAAGGGCACGAGAAUUAAGGAAAUGAUCACUCACUAAAGAAGCUCUUGUUUAUUAAACAAAUUCUCCUUAUAAAAGGAAAUGUAUAGAAAGCAGUAAAGAGAUUAUAAAUACUGAUAUAAGAGAGUAGAAGGUUAUUAAGUCCUCUAAACAAUAUGUUUAUUGUUAUGCAUAUAGGCCAUGGUCUCUGUACAAGCAAAACUACAAGAGCGUGUGCCAGGCUUUCACUUCAACCUGGGAUAUUCUGGGGGUAUGUUUUUGUCAGGGAAUGAUGAAGAAGAUGAAGGAGAUUGGGAACUGAUAAAGAAUGCGGACAAGUUUUGGUGGUUCAGUCACAUGUGGCUUCAUCGUCAACCACACAAAAGCAACACAUUGGAUCAGAUCGUUGAGGAUUUGAAGGCAAAUCUUGAGUUCGCAAGGGUGAGAAAAAAAAUGAGUGAAGGCAGCACACAUAUUGUUGCAAAAGACAUUUUAAAUAGUUUAGGAUUAACCUUAUAUUUAAUGAACGGCCAUUACACAGUUGUUUCCAUUUGGUUUGCCAAAAAUUAGAGAUGGUUGUAGUAUUUCAAUAUUAGCAAUAAUGGAAAUAAAGACAAAAGUAGCUGGCUAAAAAUGGCAUUCUAGCCUGUUGUUUAGGCCUGCUACAGGUUCUUAUAGACAUCACUGAUAUGGAUCAUUAAGCUAUUGCAUUACCCUUGAAUGGAUAAUAAAUUUAACAUGAGUAUCAAAUGUUUCUUUGGAAUAUUUAGGAGCACAAUAUUCCAGUGAACACCAGUUAUGCAGUUUCACCUCACCAUUCUGGAGUGUAUCCUGCUCAUGAUUUUCUUUAUGAAGCUUGGAAGAGAGUUUACAACUUAAAAGUGACAUCAACAGAGGAGUAUCCUCAUUUGUAUCCUCCCAGGUUCCGUAAAGGAUUCAUAUACAAAAAUAUUAAGGUGUGCCUUCGUUUUUUGGGUAGUCAUUUUUUAAAUUUAUGCAAUAUAUACAAAUAACCAAGAUGUUCAUGAGACUUUUUAUCACAUCUCUUUGUUGGUUCAUGUGCUCUGAUUGGUCAAUUUCACUAUAUGGCCUUCCACAUACAAAAGUUUGUUUUGGUCUCCAAGAGAGAUGUUGUAAAUAUCUUACCAACGUCAUUUUCUCUGUCUGCCAUGAUAGUUACAGAACCUUGUUUUUCCCUUGGAUUUAAGGCCCGCAUGUUAAGCACUUGGGCCAUGAAUCUUAGCACAAAAAACUUGGUCCAUGACUUAAAGUACUUGGUUAGUAAGAGGUGUACAGAUUGGAGAGUUAGAUUUUUCUGGCUAAAUUUUAUUUGCCUCUUUUUUUAUGUUUGUUUGUUUUUAUUUUGUUUUCCUCUAUGUUUUGUAUUUUUUUUUUCAAGAUAGAUUAUGGUAGUAAUAACAUGAAUGUUAUGUUGACUUUAAAUUGUGGUGAUCUUUCUAGGUUCUUCCACGGCAAACAUGUGGUCUGUAUACUCACACAAUAUUCCUGAAAGAAUACCCCAAAGGGCAGAAGUGGCUAGAAGACAGUAUUCAUGGGGGUCAACUUUUUCAAGUUGUUGUUGACCAUCCUGUAAGUAAAAACUUUUAAUGGAUGAAUGCACAUGACUAGCAAAGUUUGUUAUUUUUAGGCAAGGUCGUAAAGAUAUUCAAAGAUGAAGAAAACAUAAACUAGUUUUGUGAAUGUAUUGACAUGCUUCCAAACAAAAGUAAUAUUAAGGCAUGGAAGGGGUUUUGUCUCAGGAAACCAAAUUGUUUUUGCUAUAUAAUAAACCUUUAUUGAUCAGUCACAAUGGCUGGAUAUUGGCCCCAUUUUUUUGUUUAAUUUGUAUGACCUCGGCUUUGUCUUGGUGUAUAAAAACACAAAAACAAAAAAAAGUUGGCCAAUAUACAGCCAGAUUUGGUCAAUAACGCAUACAUAUGGGGUUGAUAAUUCAACAAAGUUUUUCAGAUUAUAUUUUUUUUGGCAGAUUUCCAUCUUUAUGACUCAUCUUUCAAACUAUGGCAAUGAUCGCCUAGCUUUGCUUGUGUUUGACAGCCUAGUAAAACAUUUGCAGUGCUGGACAAACAUUAAGCUAAGUUCAGAGCAUCCAGUUGAAUUAGCUGAGAGAUACUUUACAAUGUUCCCUGGGGAGAUGGAACCAAUUUGGCAGGUAUUUCACCUUAAUGCUGUUUAGAAAAGAUAUUUAGUAACAAAGUAAAUAAUUAAGAUUGGGACCUGUUGGCCACUGGAAAGUCACAUUUUCUUCACAUGUAAUCAAAGUGUACUUAUGAAAUAUUAAGUGAAGCGAAAUAGUGUUAACCCUGUACACUGUAACAUCAGUAUCCACAGUCUCCCUACUCUUCUCUACACAUUUCCUUUAGUGCUGACAAGGAGAAUUUGUCUAGCAAUCAAAGCUUCUUAGGUUGGCAAUCAUUUCCUUUAUUCUCAUGAUCUUAAUGAAUGAUUCAGCUGUAUAACUGUAAGGAGAAAUUAGUUGCUGGUCACUCUUAAGGGUUUAUAGGGUUAAAGGAAGAAAGGUAAUAAUUUCUUGAGUGUGGGGGACAAAGACUCUAGAAUUUUGCAGUUGCUUAACCUCUCAGCUAAAGAGAAUAUUUGGUGAGAAAUGCUACAUCCAAGGGUUUUUUUUUUAAUGAAAUAGUUAUAUACUUAUUAUAACAACCCUUUUCAUUCCUUGCAAGGCAAAAGGCAACAACAACCUUUUCCCAUCCUGUGAUAGCUUUCAAAACAAUUUCUUUGUUGUACAUUAAUUUUGUUUUUUCUUUAUAUUUAUACUAUUUGUCUUUCAUGUACAUCAUGCAACUUGCAUAACUUCUCUCUUGCCCUAUGUUCACUGGGAAUAUGUCAACAUUAAUUCUUGAUUGACAGAAUCCUUGCUCAGACCCACGGCACAAGGAAAUCUGGUUACCAGAAAAGAAUUGCAAAAAGCUACCAUCCCUUCUUGUUGUUGGCCCUCAGAAGACUGGCACGACAGCUCUGUAUGCAUUUCUCAAAAUGCAUCCAGACAUCAUCAGUAAUGUGCAAAGUGCUAGCACAUAUGAAGAGGUACAAUUCUUUGGUGGACACAAUUACAUCAGAGGCUUAGACUGGUAAGUGCAGGGUUAAAUCAUACAAGGUCAUGAAUGUUGGGGAAUAUGAUGUUUAGAGCCUGCUCAUUUUCAUUUGUCACAAAGGCAAGAAAAAAAAGAUCAAAGUUCUCUAAGAGGAUUUUCAACUUCAUACCUUGGGGAUUUUGCAGUCCAAUGCUUUACCACUAACUCAUGAACUUAAAACUCAUUAAUAAGCAAGGCCAUGACCACAGAGCUCUUAAGUUGAUUUCCUGGCAAAGAGUGAGAUUUUCAACCAUAUUAGUCACAGGCAUCACCUCAAGUAGUGUUUCACUGUCCUAUUAUUUGGUAGCCAUGAUUAUACCUCUUGUAUCUGUGACUUUGAUUGGUAAAUGGGGAUUUAAAGUUGAGCAUAAAGCCUGGUCAUCAUCACCAUUAUUGUAGACUUCAUCAUAACCAUUUUCAAUAGUUACGUAAAGUGCCUCUAGGCAACCAUAUUUGUGGAAAUUUGUGCGUAAACUUGUGAUGUUGCUUCCUGUGAUAGGUACAUGGAUUUCUUCCCUGAUGUUAGCAACCACAGUAACCAGAUCUUGUUUGAAAAGAGCGCUAACUAUUUUGAUGCUGUCAAGGGGCCAAUGAGGGUAUCUGCAUUGCUCCCGAAUGCCAAGAUCAUCACAAUUUUUAUAGAUCCAAUGAAAAGAGCAUACUCAUGGUACCAGGUGAGUGUUAAAUAUUAUCCCUUUAUUGCCCAGGAGCGAUUAACAUGCAACUUCUCCCAAUAUUAUCUUUACAUUGAUAUCUAAACAGGUAAUGAGAAUACUCAAACUCAUCAAGUAGAAGUUGUUAUCUUGAUCUAAUGCUAAAUACUUGUACCUAGUUUACACAGAAAUGUGCAGCAUUUAACAAAGAGGAUAAACAAUAAGAUCUUUAGAGUUAAAUUUGCCUACAUUGUUUUGCAUCUCUUCAGCACAUGAGAAGCCAUGGUGUGGCAGCUGCUAUGUACCCAUUCUACAAGGUUAUAACAAGUGUUAACUCUUCUGAGGACAGAGGCGUCAAAGCUCUUGGUCUAAGAUGUCUGUUACCGGGCUUGUAUGCUCAACAUUUGGAAAGGUGGCUGAAGAAUUUUUCUCCCUCUCAAGUAAGUUCCCACCUCAAUGUUACAUGUCCUUGUGAGAGAAGGGAUACCUGUUGGACACACACAUAGACACACUAUCUGCACUUCAAUAUUUUAGCUCCUUUUUCAAUGUUAUAUUUCCUUGCUAGAGAAAGGAUACCUGUACUGAUACUGAUGUUAGGUUGUAAAGGGUUUAUUGAGUUGUUCUCUUUUUGCACUGUUCAGAUUCUUAUUCUUGAUGGGGAGAAGCUUAGGACAGAUCCUCCCCAAGUGAUGCUGGAGGUGCAGAAAUUUCUUGGUGUCAACAUUUAUGACUAUAAUAAGAGGUUAAGGUGAGUCAUUUCACUAUUAAUAAUGGUAAUAGGACCAAGUGAGUGGAGACUAAUUCUGUCUGUCAUCAUACAAGUGAUUAACAAAACCAGAUGACCAGGAAACAGGAGUCCAAUAUGUUGAUCACAAUUAUGAUUACAGACAGAAUUGGACAGUACAAAGUCCUGUUACCAAUUAAUCAAAACUAUGACAAAAUUUGAGAAAGAAACCAGACCAGUUAUAUGUUUCCACAAAAAAAAAACAGUUACAGUUCUUUCUACUUACACAGGCAUGAUGUGUUAACUGUCCCUUAACUGUCCUAUUACAUUGUCCAAUUACAAGCAUGAUGUGUACACUGUCCUAUGAGUGCUCAAAUCAGGCUGGUAAUAGCCAAUCACAUUUGAGAAUUUUGUUAUAGUUUUGAUUCAUUGUAAACUCAAAAUAGCAUAUUGCUUCAUACUUUUUUGUCAUUUUGUAACUGAGAGACUUAUGGUGACCAAGUGGUUAGCAAAAGCAGGGUCCUGAUUGACCUACUCUGGCUGGCUGGAGAAUAGUUUUGUUGUUGCAUGGGAAACUAGAAUAAGGGCUGCAAGUAAUAAGCUACUGUGUCCUGUAAGUCUUGACCAUGCAAUAUCUCUAUGUUCUGUUCUCUGCAAGGGACAGGCAGUGUCCUACCAGGUAAUGGUUAGUGUUGUGGAUGUUGGACCGCAGGUCAAGAGGUCUGGGUUCAAGACCUGGGCGGGUCAAUGUGUUAUUUUCUUGGACAAAACGCUUUACUUUCAAAAUUCCUCUCUCUAUAAAUGGGUACAGGCAAAUUGUCAGGGAAACCUGCUGAAAUUUUGGGCAGUAACCUCGUUAUGGACUAACAUCUUACCCAGGGGGGAGUAGUGACACUCCUAUUCACUUUUUUCUCUAAGGGAGCUGUUAUAUUUGAUUAUUUGAUGCCAAAAACAGAGUAAAAUGAAAAGUACCCUCCAGGCCAUAUGUGCGGUGGGGGGUUGGGGGGGGAAGGGGGGGGGUAGGUUGUUUGAAAAGUUUUGUGAAACUCAUUUAUUCUGACAUGUAGCUGGAAAUCAUCGUCAUUUAAAUUAUUUCUCAUGUUUCACUGUUUAUGUCUUCCCUCUGAUGCAUAGAUUUGAUAAGCAUAAGGGAUUUUACUGCCAAGUCACAUCACAAGGUGGUACUCAUUGCCUUGGAAAAGGAAAAGGCAGACAUUAUGUACCCAUGGAUGAGAAGUCACAGCGUUUCUUGGAAGAUUAUUACUCAAAACCAAACAAAAUUCUCGCAGAUUUGUUACAGAAGUUGGAGAGACCUCUUCCCAACUGGCUGCGACCUGCUAGAUAAUAAAUUAAUCAUUUACUUAGGAUGAAAAUUUUAAUAAUUUGUGUGAAAGUUAAAAUGUUAUUGUGAGAAACAUUUUAAUGUUUUCAGGCAUAGUCUUCAGGCAACCAGAAAAGUUUUUGUUAACUUUUGGUUUGUUCAUGUGAAGUAAGUUUAAAAACUGCUCAAUCAACCCUGAAAAGUACUUAGUAUGUUGACAUUCAAAAUGUUUCCUUGCAUUCACAUUUUUAUUUUCACUUAAAUUUAUAUUCAAAUAAGAGGACUAAGAUAUUAUAGACAUAUAUUCUAAUAAUUAUUGUAUAGGGUUUUCAGACCAAGGAACUAAAUAUAUAACCUUCAUUAAAGCUUUACCAUAUAGAGUUCAUAACAAUUUUAUUUUAUUUAUGUGGUGUGUGGAUUGUGAACAUCUAUAGAUAUGAUACUAUAAUUUAAGAAAUUAGAGGUCCUCUUUUGCUGUCUCUGUUGAAAGAGAUGACUUUUCAAUUUGACUAAACAUAAACUGGAUGUACUUGAGAUAAAAUCAAGGCAUAGUUAUAUAAGUCUUAAUAUGGUUGUUAUUCUAAUUACGUGUUAAAAUUUCAUAUACAAGUGAAAGUUGUGAGUUGAAAGGCAUGUGAAACGCAUUUGAAAAGCAUUUGAAAGAUGUUAAGCCUUCCAUAGACUGUUUUCACUUGCCUUCUAACUAACUUCUGAAUCUUCCAUGUCAAAAUCUAGGACUGUCUCAGCUACUUUAGAGCUUUGACUGCAAUUUCUAAUGGCAUGACUGAAAUCAACCCUGAAUUUUUUACUCAGAUCUCUUAAAGUGGGUUUGAUUUAAAAUAUAAUUGCCUGUUAUCAUUGAAAUACAAUUAUGUAUUCUUCUACCGCAAAAAAGAUAAUCUGCAAAAUGAAUUUACUGGAAUUCAGAUUUCAGAGUAUAUCUUUUUAUUUUUUUUCCCUAAUGUAUUAAUUUUUCAUUUACCAGUUCUAUGACUUCAUACAUACAGUUUCAUAGGAAUUUUACCCAAUUUUAGGAUUGAAGAAAGGGUUAUCAAGUGUACCACCAGAUACAAUUAUUUUUGUAAUAUUUAAUAUUUCAAAUGUAUCAAAAGCUUCUAACAGAACAGGAAAAUCAAUGGCUAGGUGUAGGUUAGGAGUAUACUGGCUAAUUAGGAUUUAAGUCCCUUUGGGGUGUUGUGCUAAGGGUGAGUGUUGCAUGGCACCCCAAAGAUUCGAUGCAAAGGAGGUUAAUUGUCCAUUCUUAAAGCACAGUGUGAGAAGAUCGGUGGAAGAAAUAGGAAUUACUGUUUGCAAGUGGGGCUGUUCAUCUGAAAGGGGCAACACCCAUAUCAACUGCUAGGUUUUUUGGUUUGCCUUGUCUUUUUUUUCCACAUUCACUGACUUGUGGAUGUUAUCCUGAAGGUUGCAAUGAUAGUAGAAACAUCAUUUGGCAUUUUACCUUGCCCCAGUUGUUUGAAGGUUGAUAAGUGCUAUUCUCUGGAUAAAACUCUUAUACAGUUGAUAACACUAAGUUUUACUAUCACUUAUCUGCUGGAUAGCGUUUUCUUCCCUUUAUACAACUGGGCCCAGGUGAACCAAAUUAGGACCAAAAUUCAUAGUGUACAAACCUAAGAAAGAUCAUCUCCUUUCCUGGCACUUUAAAAUGCUGCUUCCCCUUACAACCCUAACUAGCUAAUUGUUAUCUGCUAAAUGUCAGUUUUUUGGUUGCUAUCACAACCUGUUAUCUUAAGGAAGCUACCCUUGUUGUCAGAGGUUUCUCCAUUUUCCCUUUAAUCAAAAACCUCAGUGGGUAACAAUUUUAUAAAAAUUUUUAGUGUAAACUUUAGCUGUAGAGUGGAGGGUGUAAUAUAUUUUGAUAAGGCGUGGCUUUUGUAUAGAUAUAGUAAAGUUAGGGCUUAAGGUUCAAAAAGUACAGUGGACAGUUGGCAAAGGGAACUAUGAAAUAAAAGAAAAAUUUAAAUUAUUAAACCUUUCAGUUACUACAUCUGCUAUUGCUGGUCAAUGUAGUGGACCUCACUCUACUGCAUGAUUGGCAUAAAUUUAAGC